AUGGGGAGGGAAAAACGAAAAGUCAAGCCUCCUAUUGGAGUCAGCGGCCUCAAGGAGAAACGCAGACGAAACCAGAGAUUUCUGUUUGACCCUCUAGCACCUGCUCUUCGGGACCUUGCGGCAAAGCCAACGCUGCCGAAAUCCAGGCAUCACACAUACUUCGAGUUUGUUGAGAAUACAGACAAGAAAGACAAACCCCUUCAACUCAAGGAGACCGAAGACAAAAUCCCGCCUCCAGGUUUCGAGUUUGUCCCCAUCGGUAACCCAUGGCUGACAAGAGCGUGCAAAGAUCUUUCCCGCGAGAAAGACGCCAUGAUUUUUGUAGUUUCGCCCGUCACUACCAACAACAGUCUAUCUCAACAGGUCAACCGACUAGGUCACCACAUCAGACAGACCAUCGUUGAAGAAGCCAAGGCCACCAUAGCGGACCUGCCGGAAUCAGGAGCAGCUACACCGGAUGGAAAUCCGGAGCCAAUUCCUGAGACCCAAGCGGAAUAUCAUGCCCAGGCAGACGCAGCGCUUCGUGACCUGUUCCCUCGCAUCCCCAACACUGACCGUCAGAUAAUCAUCGAGCAUGCUUUCACACGGGUUAGUAUCUCCAUCAUUCGCCCUCUUCUGUACUCUUUGACGAACCGUAAGUCUUCCCAGCGUUCGAACACAAAAGGAGAAUCAUCCGUGGGAUUCUCCGAUAAUAUUCCCCUGGCUCGACGUGUCCAGUUGGCAGUGCUUGCUCACAUUCGCCACACUCACACAAGGUAUGAUGAAUUACUGAAACAAGCCGGAUGGCAAGCUGCCCGCAAAGCCGUCGAAACCCUGUGUCUCGACAUCCUCGUCAAGUGGCGAGGAGACGAAGAGACGGGCCGUGAUCAACUGGAUGAAAUAUUGCGCGAAGUCGUCGUCAUCUCGGACUCCGAAGAUGACAGCUCAGACGAAGAGACAAUGGAUGACGCCUCAACUGAUGGCGAUGGCUCAUCCAGUUCUGUCAUGAUAUCUACCACACCACCCGCGGUUCUUCCACGAAUGGCAGCCGUAGAACAGCCUGGAUCUCCGGGACCAACCGCACUAGCAGAAGGACACUCUGCACAUACCGAGGAAUUGGCCACUGCCAGAUCCAUGGACUACGUACGGAAGACGGACCGGAAGAAUCAACGUGGCUUUAAGAGGUACCGUGCUUGGCAAGAGGCUAUCAUGCGCAGCCGCGAAGCAGACGAUGAUCGCAGUGGGCUCAUAGUUGGCGGCGUGGGCGAAUAUAACCCACGUCACCCACAAAUUCCUACCAGACAGCUUGACGCUCAUCGAAGCACAACCUACAACGGCGGCCACGUCGAGCGAGCUGCCCAUUGCUUCGCAGUAGGCUCCGGCCUUCCACUCAUGGACUUCCAGUCGUACACCCGCCCAGUUACUUCUCCGACGUAUGCCAACCAGUCCACCGGAAUUCAAGCUUCUCGUGACGCUCUGAACUCCUCGGUGUAUGAACUCCCGGCGGAAAGCGCCUCGUCAAUAAGGAUGAUGUCCCCUAUAACAAGACGUCUGCGAGAUAUGGCCGUCCCUUCCAUUGAACCAGUCUCGUCAGAGACGGUGAUGCAGCCGGCGUUUGUAAGGGCCGUGCCGCCGAGGCAACAGGAUCGCCUAGACCCUUUGCCUGCUCGGCCACCAUCUUUGUUCCACACCGCUCGCAGUAUGUCACCUAUGGAUGGCGGUGUUCGCGACUCCCCAGAUCGCGGAGGUCGCCGGGUAAUUAGCGGUUACUCAGCCGACAGGAGAUUGCAACCUAGCAAUUCGGUUCUCGAUGCUCCCAUUUAUGUUCCCCGGGAACGUGUUGACUAUCCGCUCAUCUCUGACGCCUCCGGUCAUGCCAGGCCCGCGUCCCAAGGUUGGAUCAGACCAUACGAGCAUCCCAUGCGGGCUGAUGCCCCAAGGGGCGAUAGAAUCAUAGUGAAUGCAUCACGGCCCGGGACACGUACUAAUCCAGUCCUUAUGGAGGAUCGUGGCGGCUUCUUUGAAAGGGUGGCCUUGCCGCCAGAGCCAAGAGCAUUGAGGCAUCAGAAUGAAGACUCCAUUGCAUUCCUUUCUGAGCCGUACAGGGCGACGGGGUCCUACAGAGUCGUCUCUUCAGAGCGGAGUACUGAAAUACCGCAAGACAAUCGAGGGAAUGCUGACAUCGAAGUGAUACCUAUACCUCGGCCAGGUGCCUUGCCUAACUCGCGUCACUCAGAACGCUUUUACGGCUAUCAGGCGCAGUCGUAUCAGUCAUCCAUGCCAGAGCAAUCAGAUAGUCAAGAUGUAGAAUCCGGAGACGGCCCCGGACAUGGUGUGGCUGGCAGACAUUGGCCUGCCCCAGAGGUGAGACGAUAUCCUCAGGUGGAUGGCCCUUCACAGAUUCGCCAGCCGUCAUAUCGCGCGCAGCACGGUAAACGUCUGGCAGCAGAUGACCACUACAAUAAUGCUUCACGGGGACGUCGGCGUGUACGACAGUCUGACGAUGUCAUUGUAUUGGAAUGA